AUGAAACCCAAACCAAAAGAAGAAGGAGGUUUGCCGAGAGAUCCGGCAAUUGGAAAAUGCAGUCUGGUGUUGGAGCGUGCGUCGUGCGCUACCCCUACACCCACUGAAAUUGGAGGAAUUGUUAAUCGUUCGUAUGUGAUGACGGACGUAGCCGCGGAGUCAGACUCCUCUAACUCUAUGGCGAGUAUAAACUCACGGGUCACUAUGAGCCCUCUGGCCUGCCGAGAGGCUCUGUGCACCCCGAGCAAGGAGCCGCGCUUCUGGCGCACCCGUAAGCGCUCGCGAUUGGAGGAUGGAAGUUCAAGCGAUACCACCAUCCCAUCUUCCUCUGGAAGACCUCGCACAGGCCUUCGCAAGGCACACAGAGUGGAGAAAGAGGCACAAGCUGAAUCGGUAACCGGAGCAUCCUCAUCCGCUUCAGCAGACCCAAAAACGAAAGGUAAGCGAUCGCCAUCGAUAGCAAUUGGUGCCAAUACAGCGACAGAAGAGGCUAGGAAGAGAAUUGAGGCAAAUCUGACAAUUGUCGAAAAGAUUGCCAAAGCUUCCAACCACCUCAAGACCACGUACGUAGCAGACCUGAGAAACGCCGCCAAAGCUAUUAGGGAGGACGCGGAUUCCCUCGCCGUAAGAACUUUAUCCGAAGAAACCAAUGCGCUCCGCGCUGAGAAUGAACGUCUGCGUAUAAGACUAGAUGUUAUUCAAAGCGAAAUGCGGGAGCUGCGGUUGCUCAUUCACCGGGGCCCUGUUGCCUCUGCGCAACCAGCGGAGUUGCCGCAGGAUUUUGAGGAUAGGAUGGUGCGCCAGUUGGGAGAGCUCAUUGAUACGCGGCUAAGGAACUUGGAGCUACGACCAAGUCCACAACUGCGACGCCUCUCCAGCGCUACGGAUGGAGAAAGAAGCCGAGCCGUCGACCUCCGACAGGACAGUCAUCCUAAGGAUACGGGACCAAGGCCAAAGAAAACCAAGGCGCUGUCCAUGCCGGCGCAGAACGCGGCACAAAACAGGCAAGAGACUGAGAUAAAGGAGGGAGGCAAAAAGAAGAAGAAGAAGAAGGGGAAAGAAAGUCGAGCGGUGGAAUUGCGAAGUGGGGGAUCUACUCCUGCCUUAUCUCCCGCAACGGUUGCUCCUGCGUGUGGCGACGCGGAGACCUCAACGGUGCCCACAGCCAAUGCUACUGACGAAGGCUGGUCAGUCGUGACUAGGAAGGGCAGAUCAGGCGCGAAGAAGGCACAACGCGCUGGGUCCGGAAAAACUGCGGUUGAUACACGGAAAAUAUCUCACCCAACCAAACCAUCACAACCUACGCUGAGGGCCCCACGAUCUGCUGCAGUCGUCUUGACAAUAUCAUCGGACGCACAGGCUAACGGCAUAACAUACGCCACAGCUAUCAAGGAGGCGAGAGCUAAAGUAGAUCUCAAGGAGGCCGGAAUAGACUGCGUAAAGUUUCGACAGGCAAUCACGGGGGCCACAGUAAUCCAGAUUCCUGGGCCCGGUAGCGGAGAAAAGGCUGAUUUACUGGCAAGUAAAUUGAAGACAAUCUUUAAAGACAAGAACAUCAAAGUCUCAAGACCAGUGAAAAUGGCGGACCUACGUGUUUCGGGCCUAGAUGCGUCCGUUACAGAGAACGAUUUAAAGGACGCCAUAGUAACAAAGGGAGAAUGCCUUGUGGACCAAAUACGGGUCAGCCAAAUACGCCAAGAUAAAACUGGGCUUUAUGGAGCGUGGGUAAACUGCCCUGUAACAGUGGCCAAAAAACUUACAGAGGCACGCUUUCUCGUCGGUUGGGUGGCGGCAAGAGUAAGGGUACAGGAACCACGAGAGAUGCGUUGCUUUCGAUGCCUGGAAGUGGGGCACGUGGCCAACCGCUGCACCACGGAGUGCGAUCGCAGUCAUCUAUGUUAUCGCUGUGGGCAGCCAGACCACAAAGCUGCCAACUGUACCGCCAAGCCAAACUGCGCAGUAUGCAUAGCAGCAGGCAGAAAAGCAGACCAUCGCUUAGGCGGUAACGGCUGCGCUGCACCGAAUAUGAAAGCGUCUAAAGCUCGGCCUAAGAGACGCAAUGCAGACUCCCAGGCAAAUGAAGCGACUAUGGAGGUUGUUGAAACCGUCACAGCAUAG